UUUUGCGCCUACCCAAAGCAAGAGAUCAUGGGCCAUGACAUCAAAUGCUUCACGGAUUCACCGGGGAUGUGCCCUUUGGGCAACAGGACAACUCGUGCCCACAUCCAGGCGGCAGCAGAGGCAUGUGUCGCUACAACGGGGUGUCUGGCGUUCACCAGCGACGGAUGGCUCAAGUCCGCUGGUUCCGAGGCCAUGCAGCCCGCCACGGCCUCCUACACCACGCUAGUGCAGGGAACCUACGUGCUGCGACCCAAAGGUACAGGCCAGCCCCUGGAUGCCUUUUGCUUCUAUGAGGGUCAGGAUCUGCUGGAUGACGGUAGUGGGAGUACCUACGCCAGGGGGACUGAACUCCCUGACGUGUACGGC